AUGCUAUAUUGCUUUCAGCGCUCGAAGCCGCGAUUUAAGUUAUCGCUUUUGCAGCUCAGCAGCGGCGCGCAGCGCUGUUUCACCGCAAAGAGUUGCCAGCGGAACCUCGAUCCGAACAGUCCGCGGCUCCACACCGACCUGGCUGCACGUCGCUGCAAACCUCGCGCGAACGCGAACAAAAUCUCGGAGCCGCCUAUUUUUUUUAAGUGUCAAAACUGUUCAAGUGAGAUUCUGUGGCUCAGUCAGCAGUCGGUCGUUGAGUGGUACACACCAUCGAUUUUCUCACGACUCUACGCAAGAAACAAAAAAAUGCAUAUUGAAGUACAAGUUGCGUUGAACUUCGUAAUAUCAUACCUCUAUAACAAGUUACCAAGACGACGGGUGAACAUCUUCGGUGAGGAAUUGGAGAAGGCGUUAAAAGACAAGUUCAGGGGUCACUGGUACCCGGACAGACCAUGCAGGGGAUCAGCUUUCAGGUGCUUGAAGACCGGGGGUCCUUUAGACCCUGUUUUGGAGAGAGCGGCUAGGGAGUCCGGGGUCCCCGUUCGAGAUGUGCUGGAACACCUGCCGCGGGAUCUAGCUGUUUGGGUUGAUCCAGGUGAGGUUUCGUACCGAAUUGGAGAGAAGGGCGCAGUGAAAGUCCUUUUCAGCAGCGAUGAACGUGCAGCGGAAGAACGAACUGAUAGAGAGGUCACCCGCGCCUUCAACCCAGAGGCUCAGUGCUUCAGGCCCGUGGAACCCGUAGCGGCUCCGUCUCCACCGGCACCGGCAGCCUUCUCCCCCGCACCGCCCUUCCGCGCGCAACCGCUCACCUUCACCACCGCCACCUUCGCGCAAACCAAAUUCGGCAGCACCAAGCUCAAGACGAGCAGCAAACGCGCAAACCGCAUGUCCCCCACCGAAUUCAGCAACUACAUCAAGCAGCGCGCCGUGCAGCAGCAGCUAGCUGCGCGCGCGCUGUCCCCGGCCACGGAUCCCGCGGCCUACUUCGUGUCGCGGCGCGAGAACGCCCCGCCCUCCGCGCCCCCCCUACCCGCCCGCGCCCUCGCACCUCCUCCUCGCCAACUGAGUCGCACACGCGCGCUAGACGCUCCGCGCGACCCGCUCAUAGAUCCUUUACUUUUGUACGAGAGAGACGCGCGCCGCGAAUUAUUUUUUUAUUUUCCGCGGGGGCGUCCCGCGCCGCCCGCCGCUUGUGAUAUCCGUACGAUUUUUCAUAACUUUUUGUAUUCUCGUUCGUUACGUCGAUGUGUAAAUUUAUCGAUAGGAGCAAUUAUCUGCCGCGCGACUCGCCGGCGAUUUAUUUUCUUACUAUUUAAAGCCGAGUCGACUUUUAGAUGUCUUCGUUCGAUAUCGAUAUUAUUCGUAGUGGUAAGAGCGAGGGGCCGAGGGCCGCGUGCGAUGACGACGUACCUUCACGAGCGAGCCUGUAUACAUUCGUCCUCCGAUCUAAGAGAAUACUAA